CAUACAUUUCCCCCUCUGGCACAUCAUCACAUACCUCUCGGUACUCCAGUUAUCAGCGGUGUGUGUCUCGUAAUGUUCAAUUAGUUUAGUUUGUCUGUGUUUGCCGGCGCAAGUGAACAGAGCGCGUAUGCGCUGUUUGUCGGGCUCGAUUCUGAUUGGACAAACGCGUGACGCCAGCGCAACGAUCUCAGCGCUGAUUGGCCGACGUGGUGUCAGAGCGGCGUAACAAAGCAGCGAGGAGCCGUUUGAACUUCACAGAUAGAGCGACACAGAGCGCGCGGAGGAGGGGCUCGUGCGAAGUUCCUGACAGUUCGCCCACUCCAGUUUAAAGACCAGCAUCAUAGUCACUGCAAAGACCACCCGAAUGAACUUACACAGCUUGUGAACAACUAGCAGAAAAAAAGAGGGGCAGUCGAACUCAAGCCGUCUAGUAUAUUCACCCGCACAGGAUUAGUUUCGGACGUUUGGACGGUGUUUUUGGAGAAUCUCUGGUGUUCCUCUCGCGCGCAGGCGGAGCGGCGCGUGCUCAUCAUCGGCUCAGCAGAGCUGUCAUGCUGCCUAAAGUCGAGUCAGAAUCUCUUGGACUCGCUCGAUCGCAUGGGGAACAGGGGCAUAUGCCUGGAAGCAUGCAAGCCCCCCACUUUAAAAUGAUGGACUACUCUUACGACGAAGACUUAGACGAAAUGUGUCCAGUGUGUGGAGACAAGGUGUCCGGAUAUCACUACGGGUUACUGACCUGUGAGAGCUGUAAGGGCUUCUUCAAGCGCACGGUGCAGAACAACAAGCGCUACACAUGUAUAGAGAACCAGAGCUGUCAAAUAGACAAGACCCAACGGAAACGCUGCCCCUACUGUCGCUUCCAGAAGUGCCUCACUGUCGGCAUGAAACUGGAGGCUGUGAGGGCUGAUCGAAUGAGAGGAGGUCGCAACAAGUUUGGCCCCAUGUACAAACGAGACCGGGCACUCAAGCAACAGAAGAAAGCCUUGAUCCGGGCCAAUGGACUCAAGCUGGAGGCCAUGACGCAAGCCAUGCAAACCGUCCCAGCGGACCUCACCAUUACCUCUGCCAUUCAGAACAUCCAUUCGGCCUCCAAGGGGCUUCCACUGAGCCACCAUCACCACCACCACCACCAUCACCACCACCAUAGCUCCACAAGCGCAGGCCUGCCACCUGCAGACUUUGACCGCAGCCCCUUCGUCACCUCGCCGGUCAGCAUGGCCAUGCCGCCGCACCCUGGAGGACUGCAGGGCUACCAGCCAUACGGCCACUUCCAGAGCCGCACCAUCAAGUCAGAGUACCCCGACCCCUACACAAGCUCGCCGGAGUCUCUCAUGGGCUAUCCGUACGUAGAAGCCUACACGGGCGGAUCGCCGCCCAGCUUUCCUCACCUGGUGGUGGAGCUGCUCAAGUGCGAGCCAGACGAGCCCCAGGUGCAAACCAAGAUCCUAGCAUACCUGCAGCAGGAGCAGGCCAGCCGAAGCAAGCACGAGAAACUCAACACUUUCGGCCUCAUGUGCAAGAUGGCAGACCAGACACUGUUCUCCAUCGUAGAAUGGGCCAGGAGCAGCAUCUUCUUCCGGGAACUGAAGGUGGACGACCAAAUGAAGCUUCUCCAGAACUGUUGGAGUGAACUCCUCAUCCUGGACCACAUUUUCCGUCAGGUGAUCCACGCCAAAGAGGGCUCCAUCCUCCUGGUGACAGGGCAACAGGUGGAUUACGCCCUAAUUGCCUCCCAAGCCGGAGCCACACUCAACAACCUCCUGAGUCACGCGCAGGAGAUGGUGAGCAAACUGCGAUCCCUCCAGCUGGACCAGAGGGAGUUCGUCUGCCUCAAGUUUCUGGUGCUGUUCAGCUUGGACGUCAAGAACCUGGAGAACUUCCACCUGGUGGAGAGCGUCCAGGAACAGGUCAACGCCGCGCUGCUGGACUACGUCAUGUGCAACUAUCCGCAGCAGACGGACAAGUUCGGCCAGCUUCUGCUGCGGCUGCCAGAGAUCCGGGCCAUCAGUCUGCAGGCGGAAGAGUACCUGUACUACAAACACCUGAACGGUGACGUGCCCUGCAACAAUCUACUCAUAGAGAUGCUGCACGCCAAACGUGCCUGAGGACCUUCUCGUCUCGACACAUCGCGCGCACUGCUCCCAGCUCCACCUCAGCCCAGCGUCAUCACCAGACAUAGCCUUCCAAAGACCAGAUGCGCAUGGGUUUGGAUCUUAUGGAGAGGGCACGGUAAUACCUGAAAGCGGUUUGGCUCGAAGGGCAGAUGCAUUUCUGAUAAAGAAAUGAAAUGAAGUGUUGUAAUGACCUCUAGGCCGCGGAUUUGACGUAGUGUUGUCGAACCAUGACUGUCAGUCGAUAUUUGUUCUGUGUGCAGCUGAUCGAAACGUCCACUUUACACUCAGACUCAAGGUGGAGGGUUUUGGAUUACUAGGAAGGAACUGGGCUCUCUUUUAAGACUGGUUUGCCAGCAUUGACCCAAAGUUUCCAUUAGGACUGGCCAUGUGACCCUCCUCUGUCUGUUUUAAGGCACACAAGCUGGGCUAGAGCCAGUAGGCGGAGGGAAGACGGACAACCAGCCAUCGCCUGCGCAAACCACAAAGACUUUAUUCCACAAUCCCUCGCCCCCCAAAAAAAACAACAACAAACAAACAAUAAAACGACGUAACGCAUUUCUUUCUUUUUUUUUUUUUUAAAUUGGCAGUCGUUACUUUUGCUUUGUCAUUUUUUGAGGCUGCUUUUUGCCAAUGUUUUCUCUCCAAAAGUGGAAAAAGGGUGAAUAUCACAAAUCCUGUCGAGAACAUGUCCGGGUAUUAUUUCAUUCAUUAUUUCGCAUUCAUUUCAAAAUCAUAAGAAAGAAAUGAGAAAUUAUAUUUUGCGUAAAGAAAACGACGUCUAAUAUUUGGACCAACAUUGCAAUAAAUAAAUAAAUAAAUGAUGAAUUAUUUCAAUUGUACAGUAAAGUAAUGAAUAAAAUGUAAGUAAUUCAUAAUAAAAAAUUAUUUUGGAGGUACAUGUGCUGAAUUGUCAUGACAUAAUUAUUAAAAAGUAAAUGAUAAAUGAGAGUUAAAAUGCUAAAUUGUCAUGAAAAUAAGAAUUAACAGUUUACAAUUCAGUUUUAGGUAAAUUAUAUUGACAUAACUGAUAAAGAAUUAAAGGUUACACUUUAUUUCGAUAGUCACUUUAGACAUUCUACUAACUAUAAGUAACUUUUCAACUACAUGU